AUGCUUAUCUUUUGGGAGCUUAUAUUUUUCACUCUGCUGCCAGUUGCAAUGGAGAUUGGAAAUGCCCGUCACACCAAGGAACAGCACCAGCAGCACACAGCUCAGGCGGUCGAGCAAGAAAGUCGACCAGAAAGCAAGAGAUCAGAUUCAACCAAAACUCACUUAACAAAAUCUGAACAACUCCUACGAAUAGAUGACCAUGAUUUUGCAAUGAGACCUGGAUUUGGAGGACCAGCAGUAAGAGUUGGUAUAGAUGUCCAGAUUGAAAGUAUUGACAGCAUUUCUGAAGUUGAUAUGGACUUUACAAUGACUUUGUACCUGAGACAUUACUGGAAAGAUAGCAGACUUGCUUUUCCGAGUUCCAACAACAAAAGUAUGACAUUUGAUGGAAGAUUAGUCAAGAAAAUUUGGGUUCCAGAUGUAUUUUUUGUUCAUUCUAAGAGAUCUUUCAUACAUGACACCACCAUGGAGAAUAUCAUGCUCAGGGUAUAUCCAGAUGGCCACAUACUCUACAGUCUAAGGACAACUGUCACUGCUACGUGUUCAAUGGAUUUUAGCAACUUUCCUCUUGAUAUUCAGAACUGCUCGCUUGAGCUUGAAAGCUAUGCCUACAAUGAAAAAGAUCUACUGCUUCACUGGAAGAAUGAAAAUGAACCACUUAAAACAGAUGAGCAGAUUUUACUUGCUCAGUUUUUCAUUGAAGAAUUCAGUGCUUCGAGUGGACUUGCUUUUUAUAGCAGUACUGGUUGGUACAACAGAUUGUUUAUUACUUUCAUCCUAAGGAGGCACAUUUUCUUUUUUCUUUUACAAACCUACUUUCCAACCAUGCUAAUGGUCAUGCUAUCUUGGGUUUCCUUCUGGAUUGACAGAAGAGCAGUCCCAGCUCGUGUUUCAUUAGGAAUUACAAUUAUUCUGACAAUGUCGACAAUUAUAACUGGAGUGAAUGCUUCGAUGCCUCGAGUGUCCUACGUUAAAGCUGUGGAUGUCUAUCUCUGGGUCAGCUUUCUCUUUGUUUUCCUUUCGAUAAUUGAAUAUGCAGCUGUAAAUUAUAUAACCACUGUUGAAGAAAGGAUGAAAAUGAAACAGAGAGAGAAGUUUUCAGAUUCCUUUAGGUUGAAUCAGACGCAGAUCAUGGCUUUUGACGGUUGCUACCAUGAUAGUCAGCUGGAUCUGUCCCACUAUGCUGAUGCUCACUUAAAUGUACCAAACACUGAAGGCAGUGAACGUGCAUCCAGCCCAAAUCCAGGUGGUCAACAAAUAGGAAGAAAUAAGACUACGAAGGGAAAUAUUACCGCAAUUAUUAUAAGGAACAAUCAUGCUAUUGACACUUACUCAAGGGUUUUAUUUCCUGCAGCAUUUCUUCUUUUUAAUUUCAUUUACUGGUGUUUAUUUUCAUGAACUUUAAUCAGACCCAAUCAUUUAUUAUUUUUGGAUUGCAGAGGUCUAGAGGUGUAACACCCAUUUAAGGGUGCUCCAAAAUUUCUUGAUCAUAUAAUGCUAUAUUGAACUAAUGGUAGGUGCAUCGUACAGGAAACAGUGCUUCAGUUUAUAAUAUUUUCUGGCCUGUUCUAAGAAAAUACUGUAGUUUUUAGGAGGCUGCCAUGUUACAAACUUUUUAUAAGCUUUCAUUCUUAAAAAGAUGUGAAGCUAAUAUAGAACUUGAUGGAAAUCACAUGUAGACAAGUGCAUGACAGCACAGAAGACAAAACAAACAUUAACUUUCAUUUGUAUUUAAGUCAGAUACAGUUGAUUUUACUGAUAUAGUUAUAUUGGAAAAGAAGAACAGAUUAUCAGCUUGAACUAAGUUCUGUAUUGUAUUGUAUAUAAUAUGAAUAUUAUUCCAAAUUUCAUGGAGACUUUCUUAAAUUAAAGGAUAAA